AUGUGGAAUACCAAAGGAAUCACUUUGGCUAAUCAAUCAAUUGUUGGAUGGUAUCCUUUCGCUAUUUUUGUUAACACAAAUAACACAAUCUAUGUUGCUAAUAAAGAAAAUAGGACAAUUGUAGUGUGGGAUGAACAGAGUGUCAAUCCAACAAAGAACAUCUAUGGUGAUUUUACGGAACCCUUGUCUCUGUUCGUGACGCCAAAUGGUGAUAUUUAUAUUGAUGAUGGACGGGAGAAAGGUCGAGUACUGAAAUGGAUCGUAGAAACAAAUACAUUUGCCACAGUGAUGAAUGUUCACUCCUCAUGUUUUGGAUUAUUCGUUGAUAUCAAUAAUAAUCUUUACUGUUCGAUUUUUGCUCAACAACAAGUAGUGAAGAGAUCAUUAAAUGGUCCUCUGAUGACGUCAAACCGCGUUGCUGCUGGAACAGGUAUUAAAGGAUAUGGCUUGAAUGAACUCAAUGGUCCUGUUGGAAUCUUUGUCGAUGUGAACUUAGAUUUAUAUGUAACAGAUUGUGAUAAUGAUCGGGUUCAAUUGUUUCAGUCAGGGGAAUCAAGUGGUAUCACAGUAGCUGGAAGUGGAUCACGAAAUCCCACAAUUACACUUCAUUGUCCAAGUGGAAUUAUAUUAGAUGCGGAGAAGUACUUAUUCAUUGUGGAUCUACUCAACAAUCGCAUCGUUGGUUCAAGCUCGAAUGGCUUUCAAUGUUUAGUUGGAUGUUAUGGACGGGGUUCACAAUCCAAUCAAUUGACUUUGCCAUUUAGUUUGAGUUUUGAUCGUUCUGGAAAUAUAUAUGUUGCUGAUAAUGAUAAUUUUCGAAUUCAAAAAUUUCAAUACAUCGAAGAAUCAUGUCGUAAGUUUAGAAUGAUUGAAUAGUUAAAUUCAAAUUUCAAGUUUCUUCUUAAUAUAUUAUUAUUAUAAAAUAAAAAUCUUGCUUAUUCAUAACUCUCUACAAAAGUCAAUCGAUAACAUUAUCGUCAUGCUAGUUGAAUGAUACAGAUGGAAGUUAGAAUGUCUAUGUAUUUUGUUCAAGCAUGUAUCGAACCCGAACUAAGUUCGGAUUCGGUUCCAUGCCUAAUUUAGAACGCUAAACGGAUAUUUUAUUUCAUGUUUCUAUCAAAAGCGUUGCUCUAGAACAAACCAUUCAACUCUCAUUAGUAAACAGAGUGAAAAGCAAACUAGGAAUACUUUUCUUUAUUGUAAAUACAAAUACUCAUUAAUUUUUUCAUUCAAUAGAUAAUUUAGUGGUUAUAGAAACAAUGUAUUCAUCAUCACUGACCUCGAAUAGUUCAAUUUAUUUCAAAGAUUGUUCAGAAUUAGAUUCGUAUUAUGAAGCCAUACAAAUGAACAUUAAUAUAACUGGCUAUUAUGCUUUUCUGAUCAGCAGUCAGAUGAGAAGCAUGUAUGCUUUGUGAGGUUCUUGUUCUGGGGUGUAUGUAUGUACUUUAACCUACAA